CAGGAACAGCAGAUGGGUUGUCCUUGUACAAAAUGUGGUAUCCACCUGCACUUCAUUAAGAGAGCUGCAUUUUCGUACAUGCCACACCACAAGAUCACCAUGAUGACAUAGCAGCUUCAGAGAACAGCGUGACUAGGGUUUUUUUUUCAGGGUCUUUUUUUUUUUUCCUCUUGUAACACAGAGGAUCUGGCAGACUUUUACCUCCUGUCACUGUUUACAGCAUAUAUUGGUCGAUACAGUCCCUUAUUGCAUCUGCUCUGGGAAUUAAGGAAAGCAGCUUCAAGGCAGUAAGAGACAAGACACAUUGAAAUGAUGACUUUAAACUCUCUACCCAUCUUUCUAAUAUUGAUUAGUGGCAUUUUUUGCCAAUAUGACUAUGGUCCUGCAGAUGAUUAUGGUUAUGAUCCUUUUGGGCCAUCCACAGCAGUCUGUGCCCCAGAAUGUAAUUGUCCUUUAAGCUAUCCUACUGCAAUGUAUUGUGACAAUCUUAAACUGAAAACCAUUCCAAUUGUACCAAGUGGAAUAAAGUACCUUUAUCUUCGAAACAAUAUGAUUGAGGCCAUUGAAGAGAACACAUUUGAUAAUGUAACAGACCUGCAGUGGCUCAUCCUAGAUCACAAUCAUCUGGAAAAUUCAAAAAUUAAGGGAAGAGUCUUCUCUAAACUAAAGAAUCUGAAGAAACUUCACAUUAACUACAACAAUUUGACUGAAGCUGUUGGACCACUCCCCAAAACUCUGGAUGACCUGCAAUUAAGUCACAACAAGAUCACAAAAGUCAAUCCUGGUGCACUUGAGGGGCUGGUAAAUCUAACUGUCAUUCAUCUCCAGAACAACCAGCUGAAAGCAGAAUCUAUUUCUGGGGCAUUUAAAGGUCUGAAUUCACUUUUGUAUCUAGACUUAAGCUUCAAUCAACUUACAAAGCUACCAACAGGACUGCCUCACUCCUUACUCAUGCUGUAUUUUGACAAUAACCAGAUCUCCAAUAUUCCUGAUGAGUACUUCCAAGGUUUUAAAACCCUGCAAUAUUUACGUUUAUCCCACAAUAAAUUAACAGAUUCUGGAAUACCAGGCAAUGUCUUCAAUAUCACAUCAUUGGUCGAAUUGGAUCUGUCCUUCAAUCAACUGAAGAGUAUUCCAACUGUCAGUGAGAAUCUUGAAAACUUCUACCUCCAAGUCAACAAAAUUAACAAGUUCCCAUUGAGCAGCUUCUGUAAGGUUGUUGGACCACUGACAUAUUCCAAGAUCACACAUUUACGCCUGGAUGGAAACAAUCUCACUCGGGCUGACCUGCCACAGGAGAUGUACAACUGCCUUCGAGUGGCUGCGGAGAUCUCACUGGAGUGAGAUGCCUCAGAGUCUGCAGUUCCCUUCUAUGGGCCAUUAUUACAGGAAUUGCAUCAUGAUAGCUCUUUAAAUUUAGGAUACGUCUUAAAAAAAAGUCAAUCUGCAUAUUAUCCAUUCUGUUUGUUAACAUUUAGCAUGCACUUGGCAACCUUAAGGAAAUGUGUGCAUAUUUUUACAAAAGGUUGUUAUUUAGAAAGCACAAGAAUGACCAGAUGUGGUGCAAAAUAUGCCUUCAUGUGGUUAGUUAAGUUGAGGGAAAACACUCAACCUGAUAGAAAUCCAUGGUCAAGCAUGCAAUAUGUACCAUCUGGUACCAGACGUAUGUAGAAGUCAGCUGGGUUUCAUCAGAGUGCUGAGCAGUAUGGGCUAGCCUGUGUAAAUAGAGAUUCUCCCUGCAAGCAAUCCAGCAUUCUUAAUUAUUCAUGUCCUUCUUUUGUUAAAGUGAUUUAACUAUAUAAAAGCAGUUUAAAAAUGUAUGAAAAUAUUUUUGGAGCUAUUACAGUAUGAAAUGAAUAGAAUAUGUGAAGAAUAACAGGGAAACAAACAUUUUUUUCAGGUCAAAAAUUGUUUUCUUUUUGCCAUACUUACAUUUAAAUUUUCACUGAAAGAUUUUUAUCCAUUGCUGAUAUAAUUGUUAUUUCAAAAUAAGUCAUAUAUACAAGUAUUUUUAUUCAAUUACUUGCAUGCUACUUUUAACCAGAUUGUAGAAAAUAAAACAUAGUAAAUAGUAUUUCUGUGUCCAUAUCAUUGCAAACAGUGUUUCCAUCUUUUAUAAAAUGAAAAGAAAAAAAUCCUUCAGGUUAAAAUAUGAUAAUCAAAGACAUUCUAUUUUGCAAAAUUUAUUGUAAGGUUAAAUAAACUGUUUUCUCUA